CUCGACGCAGCUGCACUGCAUGUCGGGGCUGAUAAGUUAUACCCUACACUCACAGCGGCGUACAAUACAGCUGUUCCUAGCGAUAUUUUUUAUGUCUUCCCCGGGACCUACAAUGAGCAGAUUGUGAUCGCCAUAGACAACAUCACGUUCCAAGGCUCCUCGCAUCCUAGUCUAAAUACUGCUGAAAAUAAUGCAACAAUCACGAACGCAGUCACUGCAAGCGACGGAGGCAAUGAUGCAAGCUCAACGCUUCUCGUCACAGCAUCCAAUUUCAAAUUAUACAACAUAAACGUUGAAAACACAGGCGGACAAGACAACCACGCCGCCGUACUUUCCUCCCUUGGGUCGAACAACGGCUUCUACGCUUGCAGCUUCAAGAGUUGGCAGAACACGGUGUACGCGCAUAAGGAAAGCGAGUUCUUCUCAAGGUGUUAUAUUGAAGGUGCCGUGGACUCCGUGGUUGGGAUUACGGGACAGGCGUGGCUUCAGGGAUGUACGCUGGCGGCGUUGAGGGCGAAGGGGUGGAUUACGGCGCAGGGAUGGGCGAGCAGUGAUUCGACGGGAUUAUUUAACGAAAGGGAGCACGUACAGUACCUAGGGAGGUCAUGGGGAGACUAUGUCCGCGCCGUUUUCCAGAACAGUGAUCUGGGGGGUAUCACUGCUGCUGCUGGAUGGGAUAGCAUGACCGACGAUCAAGUCACAACGAAUGUCCUGUUUGAGGAGUACAACAACAAGAACGGUGCAGGUGCCAGGGUCUCACGGGCAAAAAAAUUAACAGCCCCACAGUUGAUCUCCUCGAUUCUGUGCUCAACGUCUUUGAAUUAGGUGGAUGCUAAGUAUGUGGACUUGGGUGCUGCUUGAUUUUGGUGAGGUUUGGGUGGGGGCGUGAGCGAGCCCCUUUUCACCUCGCUC